UUAACUGACAAGAGCGGCGCACCUGUGUUAAAGCACACUUUACUCCCUUGUCGGCCUCACACGCUUCAAUCACAGCAUGAAAUUCUAUCAGCUUGGGUUUUUGCUCCUCGCGUUCCUGGUGCCAAGAGGCGCUGGGCAAAACAAUAAUGUUGAAUGUGGCACGGUGACGACCAACGCCAGGAUCGUGGGAGGCGAGGAUGCACCUGUUGGGGCAUGGCCCUGGCAAGCGAGCUUGAAUAGAGGAGGUCAACACUCUUGUGGCGCAUCGCUGAUCACUCCGGAAUGGGUUCUGUGUGCCGCUCACUGCUUCCCACCCGACCUUAACGAAGAACCCAGUGACCUGACUAUCCUUUUGGGAUACCAAUCCCUGGAGCUGGCUAAUCCCAACGGGGUGAACCGUACCGGAAUAGAGCUGAUUCUCCACGAGGACUACAACAAUCCGACCAACGACAACGACAUUGCCCUGUUAAGGAUUGCCCCAGUUAGUUACACUGACUUCAUUCGGCCAGUGUGCCUCGCCGCUCCCGACACUAGCGUCGGAGCCGGAACCGAUGUCUGGAUCACCGGAUGGGGCACAAUCGGGAGUGGCGUGGAUCUUCCGUCUCCGCAAACGCUACAGGAAGUAGAGGUUCCAGUGGUAUGCAACGACGAUUGCGAUGAUGCGUACGGAAUCAUCACCGACAACAUGAUCUGUGCCGGUCUCACUGAGGGAGGGCGGGACUCAUGCCAGGGGGAUUCAGGCGGUCCAAUGGUGGCCCAGAAUGGUUCUCAGUGGGUCCAACUCGGCAUCGUCAGCUUUGGACGAGGAUGUGCUGAGCCCAAUUUUCCAGGAGUAUAUGCGCGAGUGUCCCAAUACCGGUCGUGGAUCAUGGACCGGAUCAGUGAAAGUGGCGGUAGCAGGGAGAUGCCAACUUUCUUAACAUUUUCUUCAAAUACCCCGGAAUGUUCUGGGAUUGCAUUCCUCUCCGCUCCUCUACUCCUCACCAUUCUGCCGUCAGUCUUUACCGCCCUGGUGCUCAUGUGAGGAGGACCAACGUCAAGUGAAUAGAUGCAAACUAAAUCAAGAGUUUGCUGGAUACUAGUUACAAUGAAGGAAACUACCACUAAAUCAUUUAAAUGAAUAGAAUUUUCUGAUGAAAAAUUCCGUUAGACUUUUUAUUUUUUUAUCAGUCUAUGUUGGCCCUAGAAAUUUUCUUGACUAUUGUUGAUGAUUUGUAUCUAAAUAUUUUGCACUUGAAAACUUGGCUUUUUGUUAUUUUCUAUCUCACAAAGUUGAAAAGUUUGAGAUAGAAAAUGUCACAGAGCACACCUUGACAAUGUUUUGCUAGAUUUACAACGUUUAUAUGAGAUGCCAGGAAUUUAAAUUGAAGUGCAGUUACGAAUGCUUGCAAUCCUUUGUUAGGUGCUGAUCAUUGCACUUUCUGACUUUUGAAUGUAUUAAAAAGCCUUUGGGUGUUCUAAAUUGUUGUUCAAUUUCAAAUAUUAUGUGUAUUACUGAACUAUGGGCUAUUUCUCUUCAAGUAAAUGUUGUUGAUUUUGA